AUGAAGAUAUUUUGUGAAAUUAUUGUCCCAGGAUUUGAUCGUACAGAGUUCCAUAUGGAUCAGCGACCUGAUCUCUUUGGUUGUGCUUUGGCUCAUGUUGGUGUUAUGGACAUGCUGCGAUUUCACAAGUUCACUAUAGGUCAUGCAUGGACUUCUGACUAUGGCUGUUCAGACAAGAAGGAAGAAUUCGAUUGGCUAAUCAAGUCCAACACUGCAAGGUACUCUCCACUACAUAAUGUCCGUAGACCAUGGGAACUACACUCUGAAGAGCCUUCUCAGUACCCUCCAACCAUGCUUUUGACUGCCGAUCAUGAUGAUCGAGUUGUGCCAUUACACACGCUGAAGCUGUUGGCUGCCAUGCAAUAUACCUUGUGCACGAGUUUGGAGAAUAGUCCUCAGACAAACCCAAUAAUAGGUCGCGUUGAUUGUAAGGCUGGACAUGGUGGCCGCCCAACUCAAAAACUGUUCGAUGAUGCAGCUGAUAGGUAUAGCUUCAUGGCAAAGAUGUUGGAUGCUUCUUGGAAUGAGUAG